AUGGCAGAGGAGGUGUGGGUGGGCGCUUGGCGGCCCCACCGCCCCCGGGGGCCCAUCAUGGCCCUCUACAGCAGCCCAGGACCCAAGUACCUGAUCCCAGCGACCACAGGCUUUGUGAAGCACACCCCUACCAAGCUUCGCGCCCCAGCCUACAGCUUCCGGGGGGCCCCCCUGCUCCUGGCGGAGAACUGCUCCCCAGGGCCCCGCUACAGCGUCAACUCCAGGAUCCUGAGGACUGGCAAGGACCUCGGCCCUGCCUACUCCAUCCUGGGCCGCUACCGCACAAAGACCAUCCUGACGCCUGGUCCUGGCGACUACUUCCCAGAGAAAUCCACCAAAUACGUGUUCGACUCGGCGCCCAGCCACUCCAUCUCUGCCCGGACCAGGACGUUCCGUGUGGACAGCACCCCAGGUCCCGCGGCAUAUGCAUUGCCUGUGGUGAUGGGGCCUCACACGGUGGGCAAGACUGCCCAGCCUUCCUUCUCCAUCAAGGGCCGGAGCAAGCUGGGCAGCUUCAGUGAUGACCUGCACAAGACCCCAGGUCCUGCUGCCUACCGCCAGACUGACGUGCAGCUGACCAAGCUGAAGGCCCCGCAAUACACCAUGGCCGCCCGUGUGGAGCCCCCAGGAGACAAGACCCUCAAGCCAGGACCAGGAGCCCACAGCCCAGAGAAGGUGACGUUGACUCGGCCAUGCGCACCUGUGGUCACCUUCGGCAUCAAGCACUCUGACUACAUGACACCCCUGGUGGUGGAUGUCGAAUAG